AUGUGUAACCUGGCUGUGAGAGAUACCAAAGGGAAAGUUCUCCCUUCCCUAAUGUCUUCUCUCAACAGGUACAACAAUGCAAGGAGACAGAAGAGGUAUGGCCCUUUUCAUUACAAGUAUGUGACCAGUAAACCUCUGGGCAGAGGUUCUGGACCCAAAGAUCAAUAUGUGUUCCUGUAUAGGCAAGAGACAGUCAAUGUGACGGAUACAUACCAGUAUGAUGACACAAAGAAAGAUCGGGAUGUUUUCACCAGAGAUCCUUUUGCCAUUCGUGUUAAAGCGCCCAAAACAGAAAUUGGAGAGUUUGUCCUGAUCCCCUUGCAGGCUACAGCAGAUGGUGCUCUCCAAGAGAUUGAUAAGCUGUAUGAUGUCUAUGAAGAAAUUAAGGAAAAAUGGAACAUAGAGGAUGUGAUGCUGCUGGGGGAUUUUUAUGCGGACUGUGGCUACGUCACCAAGAAGAGCAGGCAGACUAAUCGUCUCUUCACAUCCUCUGAUUUCUUCUGGCUGAUAGGUGACAAAGUCGAUACCUGUGCCAGAGCAGGCACAGACUGUGCUUAUGAUCGGAUUGUCGUCCAUGGAAAACCAUUCCUGAAGGCAGUUGAGCCCCUCUCUGCCCAGGUCUUCAAUUACAAGAAGACAUACCGCUUGUCUCAAGACCUGGUCAUGAGAGUAAGUGAUCAUUUCCCUGUGGAGGUAAACCUGAAGACUGUUUCAUCAGGGCCACGGCUAAUGACAGGACAUCCCCUCUUCAUUGUACUUUCUUUAAUCGUCUCACUCUCGUGUACUCUCUCUGUUUUUGAUACAAAGUGA